CUCAUGGAAGUUAAAAAAGGGAACUGUUGUUGAUUAAAAAGGGCACAGAGCUGAGCCAGGUCUGUAUGUCAUAAUACCUCGCUACAGCUAACAUGGCAUCCCUCCUUGUCCCCACUCUACUGCUGUGCUACAGCUCCCUCAGUCGCUGCUCAGAGAGUAAGUCCCGUCUUCAUAUUCAACAUGAUGCAUGUGCAUGGUUAUAAUAUCAAAUGCCUGCAAUGUGUAUCUCUCUUCCAAUUAGGAGAAAAUGUAUUGCUGUAUGACACUGGUGUCCAUUUCAGGCAAAGAAAAUCCUCUAGAUGUCUUCGCCCCACAGGAGGUGAAAUUCCACUCCCUAGACUACAGAAAUGUCUUGCAUUGGAAGCAACAUGCCAACUCUACCAACGACCAACAAUACUUUGUCCAGUGGAAAGUGUGAGUAUCAAAACUGUUUGAGUCAAAGCUAUGUGGAUCUGACGUAGGCUACUAUAUGAACACAAAUAUGGUUACUAUAUCAUCCUAUAGCUCAAAGUAAUGUAGAACAAUGAGCUAGGCAUGUGCUGAUUGCAAUUCAGGAGUUGUUGUUCAUUUUCUGUUCAAACAAAUGAGAAAUACUUUUCAGUAUAUUUUCUUAUUAAAUUCUGUACAUUUUACAAGUAAAACACAGGUGAAAAGACGUGCAUGUAUCAAGACGUGACAUGCACCUAUCAUACUUUGUUUCAAUUUAUAUUUCUGGGCCUGUAUUCGUAAAGCGUCUUUGAGUAGGGGUGCUGAUCUAGGAUCAGUUUUAUGAAUACAUGCUCAGAUUAUUCCUUUCAUUUCUCCUCCCUCCCCACCUCAGAUAUGGGGAGAAGCAGUGGACCAAUGCAGAGAAGUGCCAUGGCAUCAGCCGGCUGCUCUGUGACCUGAGCCAGGAGAUGUCCGACCCCAGAGAAUGGUACUACGCCAGGGUCCACGCAGCCCACUCAGGGACCCAGUCACCAUGGGUCCUAACCGCCAGAUUCAACCCCAAGUGGGAGAGUAAGUGCUUCUCAUUACUAUCCAUGGUAUAUGGGUAAUCAGAAGUGUUUUAUGCAAACAAGGAUUUACAUUUUCAGAGCUGUUGUUACUAGACAGCGUGGUUUGGCCUCUGUAUAUUGCAGCCUCUGUCAGCCCCCCGACUAUGAAACUUCAUGUGAUGGAGAAAGGCAUUGUGGUCCGGCUCAAGCCUCCACGCUCUCCCCACAGGAGAUCUAAUGGCAGCUGGAUCAGUGUGAGGAGGCUGCAAAGAAUGUCAUAUACAAUACACCUCAUGCACAAUGAUGUUGAGGAGGUAACUAGCUACUGUUAUUUAUAAUUAGUAAAUUGUCCUAAACAAUGGUAUUUUCCAACUUUGGUAUUUUCCAACUUUAACUCCAACGCCCCGUUUAUACCUUGUGCUAACGUGUGUUUUGUGAUCUGAUCAAGAUGAUCCAAUCACUAUCUUAUCAAGGUUUGUCGGGUCUACACUUGGUAAUUAAAAGGUGUCUCUUUUCUGUCCACUGUGUCUGCAUUGUAACCAGAUUUCCUUGUCCCUCCUUGUAUGCAAAUUAUUUGACAGAUAUUCUUCCAAAGUAAUAUGAAUUUAUAAGUCAAUGGUGCCACCUGUCAAUUAUUUUACAGGGCAGUAUAAUGAGGAUUUAAAUAGUUUGACCAUCCAGAUCUGUUUACACUCUUAAGAUAUCCACAUACAAAUGGCUUCCUCCAGAGGUGGUCAGAAAGAUCUGAUCACAAUUUGUCUUUUAAUUGUCUACACCUGUCUAAAAAUGUGGGCUCAAUCAGAAUGUGGACAUGAUCAGGACAAAGGUCGCAUGUUAACAUCAGGUAUAAAUGGAGCUUAAGACUUGAGACAAAAUGGUCACAGAAUAGUUAUAAACUACUGAAAUAGUUAAGAGGUUCACAGAAUCCUUCAAGCUUUUUACUUGACGAGUGCUGCCAAGUCUUCAGAGUUAUGACUAACAACUCAAAUAUCUCUAGCACUUCUGACUAAGCCUAUUCUCUGACUAAUCCUUGUGAAGGAAACAUUUGAAAUGGAGGGCUGUGCCAAAAAGCUCCUGAUCUCAGAUCUGAGCCCCGGGACCACCUACUGCCUGACGGCCGAGAGUCGCUUGCACCUGCUGGACCGCAGAAGCACCCGGAGCCCUAGGGCCUGCAUCACCACACUGUGAGUGAACGGGUCUAAUGUCUUCCCCCAGGUAUGCCUUACAUUACCCAGCACUUCACACCUCAGGAGCAGGCAACACCUGAGACAGCCAGCCAAAGCUAGCAUCCGAGUCUGGCAUUUGUUUGGGAGCCGAAAGUGUAGACCGGUUGUACGCUCUCUGUGUUGACCCCAGGGAGUCAGGGGAGAAAGGCUGUUCAAAAAAGGCUGUCGGCCAGGACAAAAGAUUAC